AGACAGAAAAGAGACAGCGUAGGAAGGAAAGAACGCGAGAUUUACCUUUAAAUAAAUAAUCGUACUCGUCGUCCCGAGUGCCCAUCUCGAUCGCGACAAGCAACAAGCACCUUUCAACAAGCCAACGUCGGAUGUCCCUAGGGUCGUCGGAACCGUACUACCGCUGGCGAUGUGUUCAGCUUAUAUACAAAGAGAGACAGGAGGCCACACGACAGGAUAGGAGCCGCCGACUAUCCCCCGUAAUUUGUUCCCGUGUCCGGCUGUCGCGGCACGCGACUACGGGCAAACGCCGUCGCGCAAAACGAUACGAGACGAAAAAAACAGAGGGAAGCCAAGGGCGGUGCGCGGACGGCGAGCAGAUCGCUACGGCGAUACAAUUAUUUUCCUUCUUUCAAUUCAACUGUACAAUAUGGCCUCCUUUCUACGCCCCUCCAGACCCGAUACGAAGCAUGCAUGCGCACUGAUCCGCGCGUGCGCGGUGCGCGAACUGUCACGCGCAUGCGCGACCUGUCAUCUGUCACGCGCACGCGCGAAUUGUCACCUGUCAUCUGUCAAGCGCACGCGCCGCUCGACACGACCUCUCUCGCCCUGUUACGCAAUUUACUAGGAGGGUUAGGAAGAGUGUUCGAUGACAGAUGACAGCCAAUUGGGACGAAGAAUCUUUUGCCCUUUGAAGGGAAAAUAAUGAAGGAUUCUUUUGGACGCGUUGAAUGCCAAGCCGAUAAUAUAACGAUAAAUAAUAAAAAUUAGUGUCUCCCAAAAUGUCAGCGCCCGAGACAGCAGUGAUUUUUGCAAAGCUAGAAGCUUUAAAGGACAUUAGAUCGAAGACCCUUCAAUUGGAGAAACUAAAACAGAGAAUAAUGCAGGAAGUGGAACAGACAGAACAGGAGGAGAAGUGUUUAUUAGAAUAUAAACAAGAGAUGGAUUUACUGAUGCAAGAGAAAAUGGCACAUGUAGAAGAGCUGCGUCAGAUACAUGCAGACAUUAAUGCGAUGGAAUCUGUAAUCAAGCAAGCAGAGGAAGCACGUAACAGGGCAAGAGAAACUGCAAAACUGAUUCACAAUAAUGACUAUCAGCCUUUGAAACAUGACAUUGAUCGCAUGCGUAGAGAAAUUUUGGGUUUGGAAAGACUACCAGAGUUAUAUGAGACUGAAUCAGAUCUUAUCUCCCCAGAACGGUUUGUUCAUAGCUACUUUGAACGGCCAAUGCAAAAGGCAGAGUGGAGAGUAGAAGUACGAGGUGACGAUUUAUUACCGCCGCUCGGACUACAUCAUCCUGGACAUCCAGGCGGCUCGACACCUUUUCUAGCUCCACAACCUCUUCAGGGGCCGAGUAAACCAGAACCUAGACCGCUACCACCAGCCCCGGGGCCUCCAGCUCCAACAUUCAGGUACCACUGGCAACAACCACCGCCUAUGAAGUCUUGCCUUUCGUGCCAUCAACAAAUUCACAGAAAUGCACCAAUUUGUCCACUCUGCAAAGCAAAAUCGCGUUCACGUAAUCCCAAAAAACCAAAGAAGAAAGAUUAAUUAUAAUUAGAAAUAUUAUUUAUAUGAAUAAUCUUUAUAUUAUAAUCUUUAUAUCCUUGUAUAUUUAUAUGAAUAAUUCCCUACAAUUUGUCUUAAGAAGAUACAUGUAUUAAUCAUUUUGUAAUCCAUAGAAACUAUGCACUCUUA